GAAACAAUUUUAAUAGGAUUGUGCCUUGGUAUGAUAAAUUUGAAUUCAAUGGAUAAAAUUGAUGAACUAUCUGAAUUGGUUAAUGAAUUUGUGGCUAGUAAAAAUAUUUUGUACAACCCGGAUGAAAGCAGCAGAUGUUUUUGCAUGAAAAAGUUCAAGAAUGGAAAUGUUCAAAUUUACCUUAAUCGUUUUGGACAUGUAGGAGAUGUUCUUGGAUCUGGAAAAGGGAAAAAUUAUAUUCUUUUGGUGGAUGACCAGUUUCCGACGGCUGUUGAACUGGAUAAUUUCGGAUUCGACGUGACUCAAAGUUCUAUUGAAGAGGAUUCUUUUUUUAAUCAACCUGGCAAUAUCGAAGCUACUGCUGCAUUUGAUCCAAACAAAAGUACAGAGAGGAUUUAUGAAACAACUCCAAUCGGAGUUUUUCCUUUUGUAACUACGUUCAAACCUGAUGAUCCAACACUUUCUGGAUGUGGAGCAUUUUCAUAUUGUGAAAUUUCGGAACAGCCUUCUGCAGAGUUUUCGGUUCUCAUUUCUGGAAAUUGUUCAAUCGUGUUUAUUGAAUCAGUAUUGAAUGCUCAUACUUACCUCUGUACAUACGACAAAUGGUUUUUAAUGAGAAAAUUUAAAGCACAUUUCUUGCCGGCUGCAACAAAGAAAGAUGGACCCAGCGCUGGUGGCGCUAUUGCUAUGGCUUUCAUGAGCAAAGGAAUACUUGUACCUGUUGGAGGAAUGCGUGAGAAGCUUAUGGCUGCCAGAAGAAAUGAAAUCAAAAAUAUAAUUUUCCCCAGUAUGAUGAAAGCAGAAUGGGAUGCUUUGUCAUCCGAAGAAAAGAAAGGAUUUCAAGUGCAUUUUUGUUAUGAACUCAAGGAUGCAAUUAAUAUUGUUUUUCCAAAAGAUGAAGUCGAGGAGAGGGAGCGGCAAGAAUUUGUUGGUAAUGAAACUUGA